AUGGAGAAGAAACAAGCAUGUAACCGAGACAAUAAAAAUGUCUCAAUUUGGGAAAAGAGUGUGACAAAUGCUCAAAAUAACCCCCACCUUCAUUCCAUAACAACUCUGAUUAACCAUAAAGAUAAGCCAAAGAAGUCGGAUAAGACAUUGAAAGCAGUCCAACAGGUGGGCCAAGCGGUUUACCUAGCUGUUGGAAAAUUUGUCAUGGUGGGUGAAGCUAUAGCCAAAGAAAACCGAGAGCUGAAAGAAGAAAUGAAGGCAGCCUGCACUGAAGCAAAGCAAGCAGGUGAGACGAUUGCACAGCUUACAGACAUUGCAACCUUGGAUCGUCCAGAAUCUGAUGGCCAGAUAACAAUUUUUACAGACAAAACAGGAGUGGUAAAAGCUGCAAGGCUCUUGCUUUCCUCGGUUACUAAAGUAUUGGUGUUGGCUGACAUAAUAGUUAUUAAGCAAAUUAUAGCUUCUAGAAACAAGGUCCUUAUGACAAUGGAACAGUUAGAGAAAGUGAGCAGUUUUCAGGAAUUUGUGCAAAUAUUCAGCCAGUUUGGAAAUGAAAUGGUGGAAUUUGCCCAUUUAACUGGAGAUCGACAAAAUGAUCUGAAAGAUGAAAAGAAGAAAGCUAAAAUGGCAGCUGCUAGGUCUAUUCUUGAGAAAUGUACCAUGAUGCUUCUCACUGCCUCCAAGACCUGUUUAAGGCAUCCCGACUGUGAAUCUGCCCGUGUUAACAAAGGAGCAGUGUUCCACAGAAUGAGACUAGCUUUGGAACAGGUUAUAGAGAUUGUAGCAGACACUCGGCCCAAUGGAGAAAAUGAAUCAGGCCCAAUGAGCAUCUAUACUGGCAUUAAGGAAUUCAAGGUAUUACUACGCAACUAA